GCACAGUGGUUGAAAAACACUGGUCUAGAGGACCUCCAAGGUCCCUUCCAACUCUUGUCGUUCUGUUAAUCCCUGCACUGAGGGGAACUGGGCUGCCUGGCAAAAAUGGGUUUCAGCAGCUCAGCCUUCCUUUCUCUCUCUCUCUCCCCUUGCUCACCUGCACGUGUAACCUCAACUGUUUCUCUUGAAUCCUGUUUUAUUUUUCAUAGCACGGCUUUCAUACUGAAGGAUCCCAGUGGACACCAAAAAGCUAAUGCACCUAGCAGCGCUGAAAUUGCAGACACCUCUGAGGUGGAAAGGGACCACAGGUGUAUCUUUGAAAAGAAUAUGGAUGGGUCUGAAGAGGUAGAAAGGGAAGAAGACAGUGAUGGCAAGAGCGAAAAUGCCCAGAAGGCCGGCUUUCUCAAGGGCUCCGUCUUCAAAGGAGUGGCGUCGAGCCGUUUCUUACCAAAAGGCACCCGGACAAAAGUGAACCUGGAGGAGCAAGGGAGGCAGAAAGUGUCCUUCAGCUUCAGCCUUACCAAGAAGACGUUGCCCAACCGGUUUCUGGCCGCCCUGGGGAACGAGAAGUCCAGCGAGAGCCCAGGCACGUCGCUUUCGCCCCUUCCAAGUGACUUCAUUUCUAAGCUGAAACCAGAACUCGGCGAUCCCUUGGGAACCCCCGAGGAAUUUUCUCCCCCGAAGCCGAAGGCGGAACUAGGCAAGAUUCAUUUCAAGAAACAUUUGCUAAACGUGACCACGAAACCUUUCCCGGCUUCUGCAUUGCCACCGGUCCCAGUGGCUCCACUGCCAGUUGCUGUAGCAGAAUUGGGGGAGAUGCCGUCAUCCCCGCCUCCUCCCCCUCCUCCCCCUUUCCCCCCACCGCCUCCCCCUCCACAGAUAAAAUCAACUCCCACCCCAGUGCUGAUUCCAGUAGGUGCACCCCAAAUUGCAAUACCAGACCCUGUUACCCCUCCCUUGACAUCCCCUGUAGAAACCAUCAUCCGAAUGAUAAGAGAACCAUCACCCAGCCCACCGCAGCAGGCUUUAGAACUACAAAACACUGUGCUGGGGGACUCUGAAGAACAUCUGGCUCCGGGUGCUUCCGAGGAAGCCGAACCAGCAUUGGUGAAAAGGCAUUCCCACAUUGGGAAGGAAGAAGAAAUUGCAGACAACUCCAAAGGUACGCCAAGUUCAAAGAAGCCGAGGAGGAAGUUCUCAUUGUCAGAGGGGGCGUUGCCAGGAUCUGAAUCAGAUGAAGACUCGGUGAGGACCUCCUCAAGUCAGCGGUCCCACGAAAUCAAAGCAGCAGCCAGUUCGGAGAAGGAAAAGGAUUCACGGAAAAGCUCUGUGGCUUCAAAAAUGGAAGAGCCACCAAAGGUCUCUUCGCGGUCUAGAUCGGAAAGGGAUGACAAAUAUUCCAGCUAUUCCCGAUCGGAGAGAGAUUCGAGGUACUCCUCCCGGUCCAGAUCAGAGAGGGAGAGGAGGCGAAGCCGCUCCCGCUCCCGUUCUAGAUCUGAAAGGGGUUCUAGAACCAGCUCGUCUUAUUCUAGAUCUGAGCGGUCCCAUUACUAUGAUUCUGAUCGGAGAUACCCCAGAAGCUCACCGUACAGAGAGAAGACACGGUACUCCCGUUCUUACGUGGACAGCCGGGUGAGAGAGAGUUCUGAUUCGGAAGAAGAGUAUCGGAGGGUGCAUUCUAGAUUGUCUACAGAUUCAAGGCAUGCGUCUUCUCAUUCCUCAUCUUACAGAGAUUCUAGGACCUCGUCCUCUUACUCAAAGUCGGAGAGGGAAAGCAGCAAGACAGAUUCCGCUUAUCCUGACAUGGAGAGAAGAGGAAAGCAGGCCAGGUCAGAAAGAGAAACACGAAGGAUUUCAGAAAGUGACCUAUCGAAAAGGUCCUCGCCCGUCAACGAGCCACGACAUCGGCGGGAAGCUUCCCAUUCUAAAGCAGAAGGUGGCGGGAAUUCGUCCCGAUCCAAGUCCACCUCUUCCAAGACAUCUGCGCCCAAGUCAGAUAAAUUUAAGAGUUCUUUCUGUUGUACAGAAUCUGAGGACGUCAAAGAUCAGUCUAAUUGUGUAGACUCGGAGACUUCUGGUGUAUCAGGCUGUGAAAUGAAAACCGCUCCUACCCAGAAGCCAGAAGCGGAGAGGACUGUCUCUCCAGUAAGCCAGUUCAGUGACUCACUGACGUUCAGAAAACUAGAUGAAUCAAAAACGGGUUCUCCUCUUUCUAUGGUAAAUGAACUUGCAGGAAUCGAUAGCCAUAUCAGUAUUAAGGACACGGGAUCUUUAGGUAGACAUGAGCAAUUAAGAACAUCUUCUCCAGUAGAACUGGAUGUAAAUGGGUCCCCAGACAGGGGGACCCGGAAGAGGUUGUCCUCUUCCUUUGAAGAAGUAGAAGAGAUCGACCUGUCUUCCGAUGAUGAUUUAGAUGGGUCUGAGCUACCCCCUCGAGCCAAAAGUCCUAAGCUGUCAUCAAACGGCCUCCAAACCCUGUCCCCACCCAAAGGACACAAUCCAGACGAGUCUGUCACUUUUUCUGGUGAACCCAACGUCCAGUUGCUGGAAGUAAAAAUGGAGGUUUCAAAUCCUUCUUCACCUGAAUGUGUAUCAUCUUUCACCAAGCAGGUCAGUCACUGUAAAACCUUGUCUAAAGAAGGGAGCGAUCCAACAGAUUCCUCUUGUAAAACCAAAGAUCCCGCCCCUUGCUACUCGCCAGGUGACACCUCUGUUUCUUUGUCUUAUUCAGAAAUUGAAAUUGAAGUGGAGCCUUCAGUGGACACAGAAGCCGCUCAAGAACCUUAUGUGGGCACUCACGCAAAGAUCCCCGCUCAAACAUUCACAUCGGCUACUGUAGAGAAUCAAAACCCAUCCGAGUUGGCUCAGGAAAAUGAGGAGUACACAGGUUUCAGUUCAGCGGAGCCCACGCCAGUCAGAGGUCAGACAACAGACGAGUAUAUUGUGGAAGUAGACAAUCAGCAACAACCAGGUUCUGAAAAUGCGCUCCAUCUGGAGACACCCGUCCAGCAGACGGCUAAAGAAGUCCUAACAUGCCCUGAAGUUGCCCUUGAGUUAGAUGUCCUGCCUGCAGAUUCUGUUGUUGAAGAAGCAAAAUCUCCUUUGAAAAACGAGCAUUGCUAUUAUUUAGAGAUGCCAGUGAAGGAACCCGAGGAGGUUCCUGAGAAGGAAGAACUUGAGGAGAAAGAGGAAGCGGUCUUUGAUGAAGGGAUGAUGUCCGACUUAGACAGACCAACUCCUGGAGUUUUGGUGAUGAAAGACAAAGAGGAGUCUCUGAUGGAACCCACCUUUUCGGAAGUGUUGUCUCCUUCUUGUCACAUUGUUGUCACCGUAGAAGAAACCGAGACCAUAGAAGAAGAGCCCAGAUAUGGCAGCAGCUGCAAUACUCCAGAAAUCUCUUCCGUCCACAACGAAGAUUAUUCUGAUACGGCUGAAAGCGCAAGUGAGCAUCCGAGUGACGAGAGCGAUACUGAGGACUCCGAUUCGGACGAUAGCAGCGUUCCCAGAAACCGCCUUCAAUCUGUGGUGGUCAUUCCGAAGAAUUCCACCCUAACCCUGGAAGAGAGCAGCUCCUGUUCCUCACGGAAUAGCCAGAGUAAUCGACGUUACGUGGACUCCUGGGAAGAAAGCCGCCCCGAGUCCACCAAGCCGUUCUGUGAAGAUGUGCCGGAUAGCUUGGAACUGAAUAACAACCUGCCAAUCGAAACCAGAACUUUGCCUUCUAGAGAGUCAGAGAGAAGCUUAGCAACGUCGACAGAGCUCAAGAGAAGUGACGGGUCCGGGGGCCCUCAGCCGGAGGCCUCCCAGCCUCAGAGCGACGAUGUGGACAGCACCAGCCACUCCGAACCAGCUACCGAUUCUUUCCACAAGCCAGACGAGAGAAUCGUCUACAACGAGACGACCUCGGUCACUCGGUCGGUCGGCGUGUCCCAGGGAGAAGAUCUGCACUACCUUUCCAGUUUUGAAAUGACCAACGCAAUGGCUGGCGCCUCCAAAUUGGACCGUAGGCAGGGGAGGUCUACUUUUGCGGGACCUUCCCAUCCUGCCGAUUUCUCGCGGGAGGAUGGCUUUCAUUCAACGGAGGACUUGGGGAGUUUGGGGUGGGAUUUCUCCCAACCAGAGAAGCCCAGCACCACGUACCAACAACCUGAUAGUAGCUAUGGAGUUUUCCCAGGAUAUAUUUAUCCCCCGCCCCCAGUCCCGUACAUGGGGUCUAACAACUACUGGCCUGACAAUGGCUACUGGGAUCCAAGACUGACCAGCCGACCUUCUGCCAUUAGUUACGAGCGUCUCCAAGGACAGGUCCCCGAUUCGCUCACUGAGGAUCACGAGGAGUACGAAGAAGUGGACCGAUGGGUGGACGAAAGCCAGCUCUAUUUCCCUGACCAGUCUGUGAAGUUCCAGUCACGGGACCCCAGGGAAAAGGGGUCAGUACAGGCCCAUGAGAUCAGCAGCAACUCAGCUAAGGACUUCCCGACGGUGAGAGAGAGAAAAGAACAAGGGGCGAAGGCGAUGGAAAGAAACGACAUGAAGGAACGGGGCCCAUUAAAGAAAAGAAUAACCGACUUGGGGAGCGAUUCGGAGAGUGACGGGGGUUCCCAGGAAAGGAAGAAAAUCAAAACAGAGAGUGAGCCGUUGGCCAUCCUGCCCCAGGGUUCCCCGACGGGUCGUCCGUUGUGUUUUAUGGAAGACUUCCGGGACCCCCAGCGUUGGAAGGAGUAUGCGAAGGAAGGGAAAAUGCCCUGCUACUUCGACCUCAUUGAAGAAAACGUGUAUCUGACAGAAAGAAAAAAGAAUAAGUCGCACCGAGACAUCAAACGGAUGCUGUGUGAAUGUCCAACUGUUUCCAAAGAAGAGCUGGCCCAGGGAGAAGCCGCGUGCGGAGAGGAUUGCCUGAAUCGUCUGCUGAUGAUCGAAUGUUCCUCAAGGUGUCCCAACGGAGAGCAUUGUUCGAAUCGGCGGUUUCAGAGGAAGCAGCACGCAGACGUGGAAGUCAUCCUGACGGAGAAGAAGGGCUGGGGGCUCAGAGCAGCCAAGGACCUUCCUUCUAACACCUUUGUCCUCGAAUACUGUGGAGAAGUCUUGGAUCACAAAGAAUUCAAAACUCGAGUGAAAGAAUAUGCCCGCAGCAAGAACAUCCAUUACUAUUUCAUGGCCUUGAAAAACGAUGAGAUCAUCGACGCCACGCAAAAAGGGAACUGCUCUCGUUUCAUGAACCACAGCUGCGAACCAAAUUGUGAGACACAGAAGUGGACGGUGAAUGGCCAGUUGAGAGUGGGCUUUUUCACCACCAAGCUAGUAACUUCUGGCUCGGAGCUAACCUUCGACUACCAGUUCCAGCGAUACGGCAAAGAAGCACAGAAAUGUUUCUGUGGCUCCACCAACUGUCGGGGCUACCUGGGCGGAGAGAACAGGGUCAGCAUUCGUGCCGCCGGAGGCAAAAUGAAAAAGGAGCGGUCGCGUAAAAAAGAUCCGGUGGAUGGAGAAUUAGAAGCGCUCCUAGAGAACGGUGAAGGGCUCUCCGAUAAGAAUCAAGUCCUCAGUUUGUCCCGCCUGAUGGUGCGAAUUGAGACACCGGAACAAAAGCUCACGUGUCUCAAACUCAUCCAGAACACCCAUUCUCAGGCCUGCCUGAAGUCCUUCCUGGAGUGCCACGGCCUGUCCCUCCUCUGGAUCUGGAUGGCGGAACUUGGGGACAGCAGAGGAAACACAGCCAACAGUUUGAAGCUGCAGCUGGAGAUCAUCAAGACGUUGGAGCUCCUGCCCAUCCCCAACAAGAACAUGCUGGAAGAGAGCAAAAUCCUUCCCAUCAUCCAGCGUUGGGCCCGGACCAAAUCCGCCAUCCCGCAGCUGAGCGAAGGAGACGGCUAUUCCAGCGAGAACACGUCCCGCGCUCACACGCCCCUCAACACGCCCGACCCAUCCUGCAAGCCUGUCCUGGAGGCCGAGAUGGACACCCCGAAGAAGGUGGCCUUGCGGAGGCUGAAGAUCAUCAGCGAGAACAGCAUGGACAGCGCCCUCUCGGACACGGCCAGCGAGAUGGAGCUGAAGGAGAACAAGGAGGACCUCGACCCUCCCGACGACCUGCCGGCCGAAGCGGCGGACGAGCAGCCCCCGGAGCAGGAAGCCAGCAAGGAAGCCACCACGGAGGCCUCGGUGGACACCGCCAAGGCUCCCGCUGCGGCCGACCAGGAGGCGGAGCCCGAGGGGGAGAGCAAGGAGACCCACACCCCCAAGCUGGAGGACCCCGUGGCUGCCGAAACCCCUUCCCAAGACGAAGAGGAGGGCGUCUCCGAUGUGGAGAGCGAGAGGAGCCAAGAACCGACUGACAAGUUGAUGGAUCUCAGCGACUUGGCUACUAAACUUCUGGACGGCUGGAAAGAACUCAAACUUCUCAGGGCAGCACGGAGCUCCUUAACGUCCCCAGCUGGCCCACAGCUCCCAUUUUCAACUCCGUCCUCCCGAAGAAUGGAAAAACCCGUGGAAGAGACAAAAUGUCCCAGCGAGAUGGCUGGCAAGCUGCGUGAUGAGGUUUACCGAAUCCCCAAGAAGAGUCAAGUGGAGAAGGAGAGCAGUGAUCACGGGAGAGAGGCGGUGGGCCGAGAUACCCCCGCCACCCCCAAAAACCAGAGCAGAGAACGGGACCCCGAGAGGCAGAACAAAGAGAAGAAGAAACGGAGGGAGUCCUUGUCCCCCCCUUCGGCCUAUGAGCGAGGCACCAAGCGACCAGAGGACCGCUAUGACACCCUGGCCACGAGUUCGAAGAAGAAGGUUCGGCUGAAGGACCGCAGCAAGCUCUCAACCGAAGAACGUCGGAAGCUCUUUGAGCAGGAGGUUGCUCAGCGUGAGGCACAGAAGCAGCAGCAGCAGCUGCAGAACCUGGGCAUGGCGUCUCCCCUGCCGUACGACUCCCUGGGCUACGGGGCCUCCCACCCCCCCUUCAUGGGGUACCCACCGGGCUACCCCAUGCAGGCCUACGUGGACCCCAGCAACCCUAACGCUGGCAAGGUGCUCCUUCCCACCCCCAGCAUGGAGUCGAUGUGCUCGCCAGCCUCGUACGAGCCCUCCCAGGCUCUGGUGGGCCACACCAUGGAGCCCAGCCUGGCCACUUCGCAGCCUGUGCCGGUGGUCCAGCACGUAGGAGCCCCCCUAGAGGUGUCCACACCCCAGUACGUGGCCCCCAGUGACCCCAUGGUCCACCAGGAGCCCGGCGUGGCCGUCUUGCCUGUGGCGGCGCCUGGUCCGGUCCAGGGACAAAGCUACGGCGUCUGGGACUCCAGCCAGACCACUGUGGCAGUGCAACCCCCCUACUCCUCGGCCCAGUCUCAGCCCACCAUCUAUUACCAAGGACAGGCCUGCCCCACCGUCUACGGAGUCACCUCGCCUUAUUCUCAGACCACACCGCCGAUCGUGCAGAGUUACGCCCAGCCAAGUCUUCAGUACAUCCAAGGACAACAGAUUUACACCACCCAUCCUCCGAGUGUCGUGGUGCAACCCACAACCGCGGUCGCCACUAUUGUCACAACUGGACAGCCCCCACCGAUCCAACAGCCAGAGUUGGUGGUGGCCAACAACCUCUUAGACCUUCCUCCUCCAUCUCCUCCCAAGCCCAAAACCAUCGUCCUGCCCCCCAACUGGAAGACAGCCCGCGAUCCGGAGGGCAAGAUUUACUACUACCACGUGGUCACCAGGCAAACCCAAUGGGACCCGCCCAACUGGGACAGCCCGGAAGAUGACGCCAGCCUGGAGCACGAAGCCGAAAUGGAUCUUGGCACACCGACGUAUGACGAAAACCCCAUGAAAUCUUCCAAAAAGCCCAAAACUGCUGAAGCAGACACUUCCAGCGAACUGGCUAAGAAGAGCAAAGAAGUCUUCCGUAAAGAGAUGUCGCAGUUUAUUGUGCAAUGCCUGAACCCCUAUCGCAAACCCGAUUGCAAAGUGGGGCGCAUCACCACAACGGAAGAUUUCAAGCACCUGGCACGAAAGCUCACUCACGGUGUGAUGAACAAGGAGCUGAAAUACUGCAAGACCCCUGAGGACCUGGAAUGCAACGAGAACGUCAAACACAAAACGAAGGAAUACAUCAAGAAAUACAUGCAGAAAUUCGGCUCCGUGUACAAACCCAAAGAAGACACCGACAUGGAGUAGGAGGGUAUAUGCGUAUAUAUAUAUAUAGAUAUAUAUAUAUAGAUAUAUAUGUGAGGUUUUUUGGGACUUGACCCUCUGCCUUCUCCUGGGCAGAGUUUCCACCGUUGUGGGUGUGAAUACACAAAACACAGAUUUCUUUGGCCCUGGAAACGCCUCCUUUCCCCAGCUGGAUUCGGAGGCGGAACGUGGCAGAAAUGGGGGGGGGGGUGCGCAAAUGUGUUUACACAAC